CUGGCUUCCUAGAGAUCUCUAUUCCUGGGAGAGGAACCAGACAGCAGGUCCAGGCCACACCACGUGAGGAUCUCUCUCCCUGUCCCCAGCACCCAGUUGGGGCUACCAUGGUCUCCCUGUUCUCUGGGCGCGUUCUGAUCUGCAAUAACAGUGACCAGGAUGAGCUGGACACCGAGGCUGAGGUCAGCCGCAGGCUGGAGAACCGUCUGGUGCUGCUGUUCUUUGGCGCCGCGGCUUGUCCCAAGUGUCAGGCCUUCGUGCCCAUCCUCAAGGACUUCUUUGUGAGGCUCACAGAUGAGUUCUAUGUGCUGCGGGCGGCCCAGCUGGCCCUGGUGUACGUGUCGCAGGAUCCCACAGAAGAGCAGCAGGAGCUGUUCCUCAAGGACAUGCCCAAGAAGUGGCUCUUCCUGCCCUUCGAGGAUGAUCUGAGGAGGGACCUCGGGCGCCAGUUCUCGGUGGAGCACCUGCCCACGGUCGUGGUGCUGAAGCCGGGCGGGGACGUGCUCACUCGCGACGCGACGGAUGAGAUCCAGCGCCUGGGCCCAGCUUGCUUCGCCAACUGGCAAGAGGCGGCCGAAGUGCUGGACCGCAACUUUCUGCUCCCCGAGGACCUGGACGACCCGGCGCCGCGGAGCCUCGUGGAGCCGCUGCGCCGCCGCAAGUACCGAGUGGACAAGGAGACGCGGGGCGGGCGCGGCCCGGAGGGCAGGGCCCCCUUCUGA